CUGGGUUUUACUAUUAAAGCUGAUCAGCCUGGCUGAGCAUUUCACUGUGUCACAUCUUGGGCAUGGGUCUUUCCCUCGACACGAGCCAAAGAUAUCACAGUCCGACGCAGAUAGAAAGACGAUAACAUGACGGGGAACCAAACCAUCUACCCCUCCCAGAUGCGUCUAUCUUCUCUGAGCACCGUUUACAGACUGGGUGCCGUUGGAGUAGACUGCUAGGGGAAUAGUUUCGUGCGCUCUCCUCUCCUCUGCACGCCUCCAUCCCUUCCCUUCCCUCGGCAAUGUUUUGUUUCGUUCUCCCAUUACUCAACCCCGCCGUCUGUCAUUUAUGAACUUUUAGCGCCGCUGUGCAACAGUUUCUCCGCACCAAGUGCGCGGAAGACUAUGAAGACCACGCGGAAAUGCCGCGCUCUGCUCUCGGUUGGACUCAACCUGGUCGCGCUGUUUUUUUCCACCACCGCGUUCAUUACGACGUACUGGUGCGAGGGCACUCAGCGGGUCCCCAAGCCCAACUGCAGCAAGCACCGGCGGCACAACUGCAUCGACAACGGCCUGAACGAGACAGACAAGAGCAAGGUCCACUACAGCUGGGAGACCGGAGACGAUCGCUUUCUGUUCCGCCGUUUCCACACCGGGAUCUGGUACUCCUGCGAGGAGAACAUUCACGGUCCAGGUGAGAAGUGUCGUAGCUUCAUUGAUCUGGCUCCGGCUUCAGAGAGAGGAGUCCUGUGGCUGUCGGUGGUAUCAGAGGUACUAUACAUCAUGCUGUUGGUGGUUGGGUUCAGUCUCAUGUGUCUGGAGCUGUUUCAUUCCAGCAACGUCAUCGACGGACUUAAACUCAACGCCUUCGCUGCUGUUUUCACCGUGCUCUCAGGUCUGCUAGGCAUGGUGGCCCAUAUGAUGUACACCCAGGUUUUCCAGAUCACAGUUAGUCUGGGUCCUGAAGACUGGAGACCCCACUCCUGGGACUAUGGAUGGUCCUUCUGCCUGGCAUGGGGCUCCUUCACCUGCUGCAUGGCAGCUUCAGUCACCACCCUCAACUCCUACACCAAGACGGUCAUCGAGUUCCGGCACAAGCGCAAACUGUUCGAGCAGGGUCUCAGGGAGGAGCAGAACUACCUCGACCAGGAGGCCUUCCAUUACUUCAGGGACCGCUCCCUGCAGUCCAUAUCCAGCUCCAUGGAGGUCUACCCUGGGCACGGGGGAGGAAGGCUGCCUGGGGGGCCUGGAGGCCUGGCGGGGUCCGGGCUGGUUGGAGUACCAGGGAGAGGGAAGAUGAGGGGGUCCUCAGGUUCCAUCGACCUGGGAGAGAACUCUGAGUCCCUGGGGGAGGAACAGUGCUGA